GUUUUAAAGUGUUCGCUUUUUAAAGUGUUUGCUUGAUUUUUCAAAUGUUACUUUGUGUUCGCUCAAUUAAGUGUUUCUAAGCUCUUCAUUGAUAACCUGAAAUUAUUUUGACGUGGUAGACCUUCAGAAAUGAGCUGUGAACAAGUUCCAGUUUGAUAUGCUGAUUUCACAUGACUUCUGACGAAAGUUCCAUGAAAACUCUUAAUUUCGAAGGAUUAAGCUUGCUCGUUUAUAAUGUAGUCAGUUCUGCCUGUGACAACAGAGUUGCCGUUUAUCCCAUAAUGACAAUCAGGACGCUGGUUUACUUCUUACCAAAUCAUUACAGAUUUGCAGGCUGGCAUAACUCCACCCCAAUGUAUUCUGUAAAAGAUCCGCCUCCAUAUUCUGCACUGUCAGUAGCUGUUAAAUGAACAAGUAUGUGGACGGCAGAAAACCCAAAUCCGAAUAAAUUCUGAGGGACAGUCAAGGAAGAUGAAGUGAAGCACUAUGAAGCUCAGAACAGGAUUGAUAAGAAGAUCUAUCUUGCGCGUAGAUUACGGGUACUUCUUAGGAAGUUGCUUCAAUGUAACCAUCAUUGAAACAACAUCAUCUAACAAGGGCUGAACUCUCAUCACCAGCUUUCAUCUAAUCAAGGCAGUUAGAUCCCUUAGCCUUUCGCAAUUGAAAUAUAAAUGAAUAGAAAACUAAUUCAAGAACAAAAGAUGAAGCAGUUUUUUCAUCUUUUGCUCUCUCUCUCCAAACCUCCAAGUCCCAGGGUUCUUUCCUACAAUGGAAGAAAAGAAAGUAUAUCGAAUAGAUGAAGGUAGCACCGAAGAUGUGAGUCAAAAAAGUAACCAUGAUAUAAUUAACGUCAGCAAUGGAAACAAAACUAUUCACGAAGAUGGCCAUAACAACAACAUGAAAGUGACAAAUGGUGAAAACAACUCAACAAUUGAAAAUAAAUCUGUUCCAGCUACAGAUUCUAGCACACCAUUAUUGGGCACAAGGCAAAUUCAAGCUUUACUACUAUUUUCUUGUUUUUUUGUUUCCUUCUACAUGAGAGCAAGCCUCUCUAUGGCCAUAGUUGUAAUGACAAGUAAAAAUAACACCAAUGGAGGAUACGAGGUGUACAAUUGGACUGAACCUGAAAAAGGAACUGUUCUGAGUUCUUUUUAUGUGGGUUAUUUUCUCAUGCUGCCUUUUGCAGGUCAGCUCGGACUAAGAUAUUCUUCCAAAUUGCUGCUUGGGCUGUCCUUAUUCGAGGGCAGUAUCUUGUGUUUGAUCACUCCUUUUGUCAUUCCAAUCGGCGGAUGGAAAGCACUCUGUGGUCUACGAAUUUUGCUAGGAUUGAAUCAAGGAUUCUUGACGCCAAUUUGUUACACUCUAGCAGCCAAAUGGUCUCCUCCGAAUGAGAGGAAUCGAUUCGUUGGAUUCUCUGUGAAUGGUGCAACUCUUGGCCUUUGCCUAGCAAUGCCAAUGGCUGGAUACCUUGCUGGUAGCAGUUUCGGUUGGCCAUCUGUGUUUUACUCUGCCGGGCUUUUAGGAUUCUUGUGGAAUCUAUUUUGGCAUUUUUAUGGUGCUGAUAGUCCUGCCACACAUCCCAAAAUAUCUAAGAAAGAACGAGAUUUCAUUAUCAACUCGUUAGGAGACGACGUUGAUGAUUCAAAGAAUUUGGAAACUCCGUGGAAAGCAAUUUUUACGUCACUACCUGUUUGGGCGUUAAUCUGCGCUCACUUAGGAAAUGGAUGGGCCUUUGGCAUUUUGACUACACAAUUACCUUCAUUCAUCAGUGCAGCUUUAGGUUUCAAUAUUCAGGAGAAUGGUCUCUUAUCAGCUUUACCAUUCCUUUCCAUGUGGGUCUUGACUUUUCCUCUGUGUUGGAUGGGAGAUGUGCUUAUUAGCAAAGAAAUUUUAACCAAGACUGUUUCAAGAAAACUCUGGACUGCUAUUGCAUUGUCUGGAGGGCCUUUAAUUUUCAUAAUUAUGACUUGUGUUGGUAAUAAUCCAACAAUUGUAAUGGCUUUGAUGGUGACAGCUGCAACAUGCUUUAUUUUUAUCUUCAUCGGCUUCAACAUAAAUCAUCUUGACUUAACACCUAAUUUUGCUGGUGUGCUAAUGGGCAUAUGCAAUGGUUUUGAAAUGAUUACCACAACCAUUUCACCUACGACAGUUGGUUUCAUGGUCUCUGAUCCUUCUUCUAUUGAGUUAUGGCGAAGAGUGUUUGUGGUAACUGCUGUCAUCGGGAUAACAUCAAGCUUAAUUUACGCUGUUUUUGGUUCGGGGAAGAUUCAACCCUGGAAUGAGCCUUCUAAAUCAAAGAACAAAAUUCCAUUACACAUAAAACAAGCAUCAUCAUAGUGGAAGUGCUCGAAUAUUUGGAUCGACGUUCUUGCUGUUUUUUUUUUUUUUGUGGUGGAAUUUCACAAAAUCUGAGGGCAAUAAGAAUAAUAAUGUAUAUCUGGUAUCCAUGACUGUAAUAAAAAAAUAUGUACCUCCAUUGCAACA